GAGAGCAGCAAGACGGACAGCGAAGAGAAGCCACAGAUCACGACUUCUGUUCGUGCGGUCAAUAUGGCUCCCUGGGACGAUUUCGAUAGCAUUUUCUACUUCAACAAAAACUUUUCCUAUGAUGGCAAAGUCAUUGAGCAGAUUAUCUCCAACCGCCGGGCUUUGGGCAAUCAACUCUUCGCCGACCGACUCCUAGGUUUGCUGGGUGUUAAAGCAGUUACAACUUUAUACCCCCCGAAGUCGAAUUCGGAUCUCCGAACGCUCGUCAACCAGAUUGUUUCCUCCGCACUGGACAUCCACCACCAGCAAGCAGUGCUAUACUACAUCUUGAAGGAUUGUCGCGCAGUUGGCGAGAUUCCUUCGCAGUACGCGCGUCGGUGCCACUUGCCUGAGAAGUAUAGACUAUUCAUCGAAGGUCUUUGGAACCUGGACAGACUGGAAUUCAGGCGAGCUAUUGAAUAUCUCACUGAACCAUCGAUCAUCCCAACCUUCCCGGACGAGAUCCUCUAUGUCCUUACCCUCUCCCACCUUCCCAAGCACGAUGAUAGCCUCGUAAUGGCCUACUACCUUACUGUAUCGCCCCCGCUUGCAUCGCCCAAGGUUCAGAAAGCCUUUUUCGAAACCCUGUGCCGAGGAAAUAUCACAGAAGCCUUCUACUUCACUCGAAAGCAUGACGAUUACAAUCGCCGUGGCUAUCUCGAGCAGCUCAUAGAAUUCGUUCACAAGACUAGCUCUGGUCCGACACGGAGCAACCGGGCAAUGGAAUUGAUUGGCCUCCCAUUUGAUGACCAAGAAGAGGCAUGGUUUGAAGAAUCUCUGCUUCACGGAAACGCCAAGACACUGCACGGAUCUAAGGACACUGUCAUGAUGCGACGCCUUGCAACCGGCAACCUAGGUGGUCUUUCGACAGAGCUCGAGUCUCUAGGCGGGAAGAAGAUAGAUGGGCUGAAUUGGGAUGUUCUCAGGCAGAGCAUGAAGCAUACUCAAACCCUAUACCCAUCCAGCCCUGGUGGACAGCUUUAUUAAAUGAAUAUUUCAUCGGUGGAGGUAUAUGGCACAUUUUCAUAAUGCUCACGGCAGAUGGUUCGGGGCACAGGAGUUUCAAUUUGGAAUCAUUGUAAUUGUAUCGGCACUUUGGUGGUUGUUUUUAAGAAAAAGAUUCGGUUAUUUCACGCUAGAUACAGCUGGAGUUGAAAGGGUCUG